AUGCCAGCAGUUGAAGCCUCUCCCGCUUACUACCUCCAAUGCGUCGGAACCCAAACCUUCCUCACCAUAAGCUCCGAUGGCAAAUGCACCGCGAACACUAAGGACAACAGCGACGCCCAGAAGUGGUACUUCGACGCGCGCGCCGGCGACGUCGCGAUCCACAACAAAGCGAGCGGGACCUACCUCUCCUUCCCCUCGCUCGCCUCCGGCCAGCGCAUGGCCUGCUCCGAACAGACGGCCUCGCCCAAGAUCUACCAGCUUGUGGCGCCCGGCGAGGCGUGCGAUCAGUACCAGUGCGUUAUCGCUGUGCAGGGCAAGGCCGACGUUGUGCUGGACGUGAGUGGGAGCGAUAAGAAGAGCGGUACUGCUGUAUUACUGUACAGCAAGCAUGGAGGGAAGAACCAAGUCUGGGCCGCUACUCUUGCCGAUCAGUGA